AUGUUGUUCAAGAGGCAUCAACUGUUGAUGAAGAAGGCUACAACACCCCCUGUUAAUAAUGCUGAUGAAAAAUUGAAUGAGUUAUUUGAUAACCUUAUGGAAAAUUUGAUUGGGAGUGAUGAUGAUAAUGCAGAGUAUGAAGGGGAUGGAGAAUCUGAAGAGGGUAAUCAAGAGUAUGAAGAGGAUGAUGAAUCUCAAGAAAGUGAUCCAAAUUUUGAAGAGUAUGAUGAAUCUGAAAAUAGUGAUCCAGAGUAUGAAGAAGAUGAGAGACAAAUAGAAGAUGAAGAUCAUAUGGAUGACAUAAUGGAUGUUGACAACAAUAUACAGGAUGUGGAUGUGGACAUGGGAGACUUCACUCUUAAUGUUGAAAGUGAUGUGGAAGGUUCUUGUAUAAAUGUUGUUCAUGGGCAUGAACCUGAAGAUAUGGAAGUGAUUAACAAUGAGGAAUUUGAAUCUUUGGAUGAAGGAUCCGACCAAGACAGAGAGAGAAGAGCUAUUAUCAAGAAUUUGAGAAAAGAAAAAAGGUGCAGUCUUGGGGCAGUACAUAAACAAUAUUUUUCAGUUGGAGAUAAAUUUAAUAGUAAAAAUGAAUUAAAGGAGGCAGUUGAUCUGCAUGCACUAGAAUCAAGAAGGAAUCUUUUCUUUAAAAAAAAUGACAAUGGCACAGUGUAG